UUGGUGAGCCAUUCAAGGAGGAGAAGGCUGUUGCUAAAUACUUACGUUUCAACUGUCCGACAAAAUCCACCAACAUGAUGGGCCACCGAGUUGAUUAUUUUAUCGCCUCAAAAGCUGUGGAUUGCCUCCUGGAUUCUAAAUGGGCCAAGGCAAAGAAAGGAGAAGAGGCUUUAUUUACAACCCGAGAGUCUGUAGUUGAUUAUUGCAACAGACUCCUGAAAAAACAGUUCUUUCAUCGAGCGUUAAAAGUGAUGAAAAUGAAACCUGACAAGGAUACAAAGAAAGAAAAGGAAAAAGGCAAGGCUGAGAGUGGGAAGGAAGAGGAGAAAAAGAGCAAGAAGGAGAGUGGCAAAGAUGAAAAAACUAAGAAGGAGAAAGAAAAGGAAAAGAAAAAGGAUGGUGAAAAAGAGGAGUGUAAGAAGGAUGAGACACCAGGAACACCCAAGAAAAAGGAAACUAAGAGGAAGUUUAAACUUGAGCCACACGAAGACCAGGUUUUCUUGGACGGAAAUGAGGUGUAUGUGUGGAUCUAUGACCCUGUUCACUUUAAAACUUUUGCCAUGGGACUUGUACUUGUGAUUGCCGUUAUAGCUGCAACUCUGUUCCCGCUCUGGCCAGCAGAAAUGCGUGUUGGCGUUUAUUACCUCAGUGUAGGCGCAGGCUGUUUUGUUGCCAGUAUUCUUCUUCUUGCCGUUGCUCGCUGCAUCCUCUUCCUUAUCAUCUGGCUCAUCACUGGAGGAAGGCAUCACUUCUGGUUCUUGCCAAAUCUUACAGCAGACGUGGGAUUCAUUGACUCCUUCAGGCCCCUGUACACACACGAAUACAAAGGACCAAAAGCAGACUCAAAGAAAGAGGAAAAGUCAGAAUCCAAAAAGCAGCAAAAAUACGACAGUGAGGAGAAAUCAGAUAGUGAGAAGAAGGAAGACGACGAUGGGAAAACAGAAGCAACGAGGAACUUGGGAACAGACGGCUCGGGAGGAGAGCGACAUUCAGACACUGACAGUGACAGGCGUGAAGACGACAGGUCCCAGCACAGUAGUGGAAAUGGAAACGACUUUGAAAUGAUCACAAAAGAGGAACUGGAACAGCAAACAGAUGAAGAGGAUUGUGAAGAGGAAGAGGAGGAAGAUACCGAAAGUAGGCCUUCACAUGAAAAAUCAUAACUCACUGUGGUUUGGGGACUAAGUAUGUGCAAAUGGUUGGAUUUUCUUUGUUGGCUGAUCACCAAAACAUAGACCAUACAGUAGCGUCUUUGUUUGCUGAAAUAUACGUGUUACCAAACAGUUUUAUAUCUAGUUCCUUCAUUUUUUUAACCAUUAACUUGAUUACUUGGUACUAUGUUAAUCAUUAAUAUCCAUUUACGGAAGUUUUAUCAAUCUGACAAGUUUUCUAUUGAUUGAUAGAUUGCCCAGAUCGUCCUCAAACAUACUGAAAAACAUAGUUUUCUGGUACUUGCAUAACUGGUCGAUUAGUUUAGCUUCUCAAACUUGCUUUUGUAAAACAGGUAAAAGUUGAAUGACCAAAUUAUUCCUAGUUAUACUCAUUUGAUAGCUAGUUAAGUGAAGCCCUUCUUAGCCCACAGCUUUCUUGAUAUUUUUCUUGAUUUUAUUUUCAAAAGAUUGUGAAAACUUUCCUAAGAAAACUAGUUUUAGCAGAAGUAUUUACUGAAAAUGUAAAAAGCUGGUAGUGCUGCGUUUGGCUGCAGUGUUCUGUGUUUCUCCAGACUGUGUGCCAGCAACUGAGGAAAUCCAAACUGGUUUUGUACAUCUGGUUCAGAGAAAGAUGUCAUCUCCAGCAGGUGAAGGAAGCAGCACCGUUUGGAAAUUACGGCUGUUUUUUUUCUCCUGCUCCAUCAUAAUUAAAAAAAAAAUGUAUUCUGUACAUAAUUUACAAAUAAAGCAAACCAUUUACUUUAACUGCUACUUAUUAUUUAGAGAUUUGAUCCGGCAUUCAGUUUGUAUUAUUGAAGCCAUUUUGUGGUGUACCUAUCGGAGAAAUGCAAGUCAAGAGGACCUCACAGAAUAUUUGUGUAUGAUUGGUAGCUGUUCCACAAGAGCUUUAGUUUUGUGCCAACAUUCCAUGUAUCUGAGUAAAUUGAUCUUUAUUAAAUUAAAGCAAACAACAUAGCUGUAUGUAUGCCUUAAUGUUAAAACUUUCUAUAUUCUAGAACUGGAAUACUUUUUAAACUGAAGAGGCAGGAGAGUGUUCAUCUGUUCAGAAAUGUAGGUAACUCGAAGCUGAUAUGAAGUGGUCAUUAAUAAUUUGUUUAUAAAUA